AAAGGAAAAAAGCGCAAAACCCUAAUUCUCGUUUCUUCUCCAAACUCCCACCUUAACCAGUCUCGCCGCCUCUGAAAGCUCACAUCCGGUAGAAGCUCCGUUCUAGCUUUCAAUUAGUAUCGGGUAAUGGAGCAUAAACUAGCCACUGCUGAGAAGAAGGUGCUAGUGGAGCUGGUGAAGCUAGUGCAGAAGCAAGGUCUAGAAGGAGACAACGGAGGAUGGAAAGAGUUUCUAAACUCUUACGAUAAGAAAUUGGGAUCGUCUCUCAGCGAUCCUUCGAGACGCUCCAAUGAUGUAUUGGUCGCUUUUCUUUCCUCUUUCAAAAAGAAGGAAGAUGUCCAGCUAUUGGCUAGGGUUCUUCAGUGUGAUGCUAAUCGUAACUUGAUUGAGAAGUUCAAGCAAGAAUCUCCUGAUAAAGAGACUCCUGAGCAGAGGCUAGUUCGAAUGACUAUUACUCAUCCUAGGUACCCAAUCUACUAUGCUUUCCCUUCCCACGCCGAGGAUUGGUUUGUAACUAAGAGUGGCAAUAAGCAGUCAAAAGUGAUCAAGUCAACCAGAAUGCUUGCUAUUGAUUGUGAGAUGGUUACCUGUGAGGAUGGCAGUGAAGCUGUUGUCAGGGUUGGCGCUGUCGACCGUGAUUUAAAGGUGGUUCUUGACAAAUUUGUGAAACCUAGCCUACCGGUUGUUGACUAUAAGACUGAGAUUACUGGAGUUACUGCUGAGGAUCUUGAAAAAGCCACUCUCUCUGUUGCUGAUAUUCAGAAAAAACUCCGGAGGUUUCUUUCUAAGGGAACUAUUUUAGUUGGUCACGGUUUGCACAAUGAUCUUCAAGUGUUGAAGGUAGAUCAUGCCAGAGUCAUCGAUACUUCCCUUGUAUUCAAGUAUUCCGGUGCAAACAAUUCUCGAAUACCUUCUUUGUUAAACCUAUGCAAGUCUGUUUUGGAUGAAGAACUGAGAAUGGAGGGUGCUGCUCACAAUUGCGUUCACGACGCUGCCGCUGCUAUGAAGCUCGUGCUUGCUGUUGUGGAGAAAGGAGUAGAGACUUUGAUUCCACAAACCGAACAAAUGUUGGAGGUUGAGAAGACAAUACAUGAGGCUAAGAAGGCAAGUCUCUAUCUUCAUAAGAUACCUCACAAUGUUCCCUCUCAAGAGUUACGAGGAGUUAUUAUGGGAGAUUUCAAAGUCGACGUUAAGCCACCAAAGAAGCUAGGAGGUUAUUAUAGCGCAGAAGUUGUUUUUAGUAGUCAAGAGGAAGCAAAUGAAGCAUUUGAAAAAGUUGAUGGAGAUAUAGUUAAGGAUACAAUGGGUUUGUCACAGAAAAUGGUUCAGUUUAAGUUGAAUUCUGGAUCAGUAUCUAGACUGUACGUUCGUAAAAAUGUUCAAGACGGUGAAGAAGUCUCUGCGAAGAAGAGAAGUAACACAGAGGAGGAGAAGAACGUGAGUUGUAAGAGACAGAAGAGGGAGAAUGAUUCUGAGGAGACGACUAGGGAAGAGAAUGGCAGCAGCCAAGGGAGCAUAUGUGAAGAUCACAUAAAGGAAAUUGAAGAACUGAAGGAGAAACUCAAAACGACGGUUGAGGAAAAUGAAGAACUGAAGGAGAAACUAAAAGCUAAGGAUGAAAAUGAAGAACUGAAGGAGAAACUAAAAGCUAAGGAACGUGAGGUUGAGGCUCAGGAUAAGAUGAUAACUAACCUCAAAAAGAAACUGAAGAAAAAGUGAAAAACUAACGUUUAAGCAUCAUUCAUGUCAGAUACUAUUGUCUUCCAAAUUUUGUUUUCAAGCAUUUCAGUUGAAGAACUCAUGAGAUUUUGUAUUGUAUACGAUGAAGCCAAUGCACACCAAACAAUUUCUUUUGA